UGGCGACCGAGGCUCCGGGCCGCGGCAGCUCUAGGGGUUGAGCGGAGGAUGUAGCCGCCCCUCGCGGCGACUCGACGGGUGUAGGCACGCGGGGAGCAGCGGCCGGCGCCACUUCGGGGCCUCGGACGGCGGCGGUCGAGCUCUCGCGGGCGGGGAGAAGGUCCCGAGGCCCCUGUUGCCUGGACGGCGGCCCCAGGCCCGAGUGGUGGGAGGACUCCACCGGCCCGGGUUCUCGGGGUUUCCACUGGCGGUAGCGCUGCGCUGGCGCCUCCGUCCUUGGAAGACCGAGGGCCCCAGUGGUCCCCAGCUCAUUUCUCUGGAGGGGCUGUAAACGUGGCGCCAUGAGGAGCCGCAGUAACUCCGGGGUCCGACUGGACAGCUACGCUAGGCUAGUGCACCAGACCAUCCUGUGCCAUCAAAAUCCAGUGACUGGCUUGCUUCCAGCUAGCUAUGAUCAGAAAGAUGCCUGGGUCCGGGAUAAUGUGUACAGCAUCUUGGCUGUGUGGGGUUUGGGCCUGGCCUAUCGGAAGAAUGCCGACAGGGAUGAGGAUAAGGCAAAGGCCUAUGAAUUGGAGCAGAGUGUAGUGAAGCUGAUGAGGGGAUUGCUGCACUGCAUGAUCAGACAGGUGGACAAAGUAGAAUCCUUCAAGUAUAGCCAGAGUACCAAGGAUAGCCUCCAUGCCAAGUAUAACACCAAAACUUGUGCUACUGUGGUAGGUGAUGACCAGUGGGGACACCUGCAGUUGGAUGCUACCUCUGUAUACCUGCUCUUCUUAGCACAGAUGACUGCCUCAGGCCUUCAUAUCAUUCACAGUCUAGAUGAAGUCAAUUUCAUACAGAACCUGGUGUUCUACAUUGAAGCUGCAUAUAAAACUGCUGAUUUCGGGAUCUGGGAACGUGGAGACAAGACCAACCAAGGGAUCUCAGAAUUGAAUGCCAGUUCAGUUGGAAUGGCAAAGGCUGCCCUAGAAGCACUGGAUGAACUGGACCUGUUUGGUGUGAAAGGUGGACCCCAAUCAGUUAUCCAUGUCCUGUCAGACGAAGUACAGCACUGCCAGUCUAUCCUUAAUUCAAUACUCCCCCGGGCUUCAACAUCCAAAGAGGUUGAUGCUAGUCUACUUUCAGUUAUUUCCUUCCCAGCCUUCGCAGUAGAGGAUAGCCAGUUGGUGGAGCUCACAAAACAGGAGAUCAUCACCAAGCUUCAGGGUCGUUAUGGUUGUUGUCGCUUUCUCCGAGAUGGAUAUAAAACUCCUAAAGAGGAUCCCAAUCGUCUAUACUAUGAACCAGCUGAGCUGAAGUUGUUUGAAAACAUUGAGUGUGAAUGGCCAUUGUUCUGGACAUACUUUAUCCUUGAUGGCAUAUUCAAUGGCAAUGCAGAACAGGUUCAAGAGUAUAGAGAGGCUCUUGAAGCUGUCCUCAUUAAAGGGAAAAAUGGAGUAUUACUGCUGCCAGAGCUGUACAGUGUUCCUCCUGACAAGGUUGAUGAAGAAUAUCAAAAUCCUCACACUGUGGACCGAGUCCCCAUGGGAAAGUUACCUCAUAUGUGGGGUCAGUCUCUGUAUAUCUUAGGAAAUUUGAUGGCAGAGGGGUUUUUAGCUCCUGGAGAAAUUGAUCCCCUGAAUCGUAGGUUUUCUACUGUACCAAAGCCAGAUGUUGUUGUUCAAGUCUCCAUUUUGGCAGAGACAGAAGAAAUCAAGUCAAUUUUGAAAGACAAGGGGAUUGAUGUGGAGACCAUUGCUGAGGUGUAUCCCAUCAAAGUACAACCAGCUCGUAUUCUCAGUCACAUUUAUUCCAGCUUAGGGUGCAACAGAAGACUGAAACUCAGUGGACGACCUUACAGACACAUGGGAGUCCUUGGAACUUCAAAACUCUAUGACAUUCGGAAAACUGUCUUUACUUUCACUCCACAGUUUAUAGAUCAACAACAGUUCUACUUGGCUUUGGACAACAAGAUGAUAGUGGAAAUGCUUAGAACAGACCUCUCUUACCUUUGUAGCCGCUGGAGAAUGACUGGCCAGCCAACCAUCACCUUUCCUAUCUCACACACCAUGCUUGAUGAAGAUGGAGCCAGCUUGAAUUCAAGUAUCCUGGCAGCUCUCCGAAAAAUGCAAGAUGGCUAUUUUGGUGGGGCAAGAAUUCAAACCGGUAAAUUGUCAGAAUUUUUGACAACAUCUUGCUGCACACAUUUGAGUUUUAUGGACCCUGGGCCUGAGGGUAAGCUGUACAAUGAAGAUUAUGAUGACAGCUAUAAUGAACUAGAAUCUGGUGAAUGGAUGAAUGGCUACGACUCAACCAGAAAUGAUGUUCACAUGUAUCUACCUACAAAGAUAUUUCAGGCAUCCAGGCCCUCAUUCAACUUGCUUGACUCACCUCAUCCCCGACGAGAGGACCAGGUUCCCUCUGUUCGUGUAGAAAUACAUCUUCCUAGAGACCAGUCUGGAGAGGUGGACUUCAAAGCACUGGUCUUACAGUUGAAUGAGACUUCAAGCUUACAGGAGCAAGCUGAUAUCCUCUAUAUGCUAUAUACUAUGAAAGGACCUGACUGGGACACCGGAUUGUAUGAUGAAGGGGGCACGACUGUCAGAGAGCUACUUACUGAACUGUAUGGCAAAGUUGGAAAAAUUCGUCACUGGGGCCUGAUCCGAUACAUUUCUGGAAUCUUAAGGAAAAAGGUGGAAGCACUUGAUGAGGCCUGUACAGACCUCCUCUCUCACCAGAAACACUUGACAGUUGGACUCCCUCCAGAACCUCGGGAAAAGACCAUUUCUGCACCUAUGCCUUAUGAAGAGCUCACUCAGCUGAUAGAUGAAGCCAGUGAAGGGGACAUGAGUAUUUCAAUCCUUACACAGGAAAUAAUGGUGUAUCUAGCCAUGUAUAUGCGAACUCAGCCUGGCCUCUUUGCUGAAAUGUUUCGACUUCGAAUUGGUCUGAUCAUACAAGUUAUGGCAACAGAACUAGCCCACUCCCUUCGAUGCUCAGCUGAGGAAGCCACAGAAGGCCUGAUGAAUCUAAGUCCGUCAGCCAUGAAGAACCUCCUGCAUCAUAUUCUCAGUGGCAAGGAGUUUGGAGUGGAACGAAGUGUUCGUCCCACUGAUUCAAAUAUCAGCCCUGCUAUAUCUAUCCAUGAGAUUGGUGCUGUUGGAGCAACCAAAACAGAAAGAACUGGGAUCAUGCAAUUAAAAAGUGAGAUAAAGCAGGUGGAAUUUCGUAGACUCUCUGUCUCAACUGAGAUUCAGUCACCUGGAACCUCUGUAACUCCAAGUAGUGGGUCCUUUCUUAAUGCAUAUGGUCAACAGAUAUCUAGAGAUAAUCGUCAAGGUCAGUGGCAACGUAGAAGAAGAUUGGAUGGAGCACUGAAUAGAGUCCCAGUUGGAUUUUAUCAAAAAGUAUGGAAAAUUUUGCAGAAGUGUCAUGGACUUUCUGUGGAAGGUUUUGUUCUUCCUUCUUCAACCACCAGAGAGAUGACUCCAGGCGAGAUUAAAUUCUCUGUUCAUGUGGAAUCUGUUCUGAAUCGUGUACCUCAGCCAGAGUACCGUCAACUCCUGGUUGAAGCCAUCCUUGUCCUUACCAUGUUGGCAGAUAUUGAAAUUCAUAGUAUCGGAAGCAUCAUUGCUGUAGAAAAAAUAGUGCAUAUUGCCAACGACUUGUUCCUUCAAGAACAGAAAACCCUUGGCGCAGAUGAUAUCAUGUUGACCAAGGACCCCGCUUCUGGCAUCUGUACUCUUCUGUACGACAGUGCACCCAGUGGCAGGUUUGGCACCAUGACCUACCUCUCCAAGGCAGCCGCCACCUACGUGCAGGAGUUCCUGCCCCACAGCAUCUGUGCCAUGCAGUGAGGCCUUCGGGCCUUAGCUUCUGGGAGCCUUUUGACAUCUGGUUCUUGCCUCAGUUGAUUGUAAAUGAAACUGAAAUGUGAUUGCUUGAUCACUCCCACUCUGAUCCCACCUCUCCCAAGAAGAACAAACUUUUCUGAGAAACUAACUGCUAUAGAAGUGAAGCCUUGCUUGAAGAUGUAUGCUCAUCCAGGCAAUUCACUGUGGGCCUUAAUUAUUUCAUGGUUCAUAAAAGUUUGCAUGUGUUUUUAUUCUCUAGAUUUAUUACCAACUUCGUUUUCCAACUCCUAUUUGGGGAGUAUCUAUUAAUAACUUAUUCCUAAAGUUGGUUUUGUUUUGUUUUUUUUUCUGGUGUGACCUCUGGUGGUUUUGGGAGGUUAUUUCAAGUAAAUAAAUUCCAAGUUGUUGGAGUUUAUGCUGCCUUAAGUUGGGAAUGUCUAUUUUAAAUGUGUUUUCCUGGGGGAAAAAAAGAGUAGCAGGGUAUGGUUUCCUUUUUUACUCACAUGUUGCCUCACACUGUGAUGGACACCUCUCUGUGUAGCAUUGUUUGGUGAAAUAGUAAAAAUGUUAAUGCAAUGUGCAUAUUUAAGGAUUUGGGUAUUAACACUUGAAAUCACAUCUUGUGAAGAUUGCUGGUACUCAUAGAUGUAGUUGCAUCCGAAAAUGCAGAAUAACCCAGAGCAAUGGAGCCCCAAGCCCAAGUCCAGAGAAUAAGAUGGAAGAAGAGAUGAUGCCUGUGUGGUGUGAUGAACCCAGGGAGCAGAGUGGGAGUCAGAGGUGGGUUAGUGCCCUAAAGACAUCCUUGUGCACACUUAAGUCUUAGCUCUGAAGAGUGGGCCAAAAGGCAACACAGAGAAUAACUGAAACCUUUGUCUUUGGCAAAGAGCAGCCCAACAGUCUAGUAUAUAGCACUUUACCGGGCACUCUUAUGUUCGCCUAGUCUGUCUCAUUCACACACUCACCUUUUCGAUAUGCAGUCCUCUCCCCUUCCCAUCCUCCUGCCUUCCCAACAGUUUUUAAACUCUUUCACGUACAUUUUCACUUCCUUAUUUACAUAUUCAUGUCUCUGUUUGUCUUGAUAUCUGUAAAACACCUGCUUUGUUUUAUAUGUCUAAGCAUACAUGGAAAUUUUUCUGAAAGUAGUCCUGGUGUCUGUACUACUUGUAGCUACAACUGAUACACCAAGUAAGUAUGCAAACAUGAGUGUUGUGUGAGACAAAGGUAUGGCCAUGUCCUCAUGCUCACACACAUGGAGCUCAGGAAGAAUCCUUCAGUUUUCUUCCUUGGUCCCGUGUUUAGGUAGCCUCUUUUGAAGAAUGUUUCUCCUAACUUUCUGUCUCAUUCAGUUCAGACUGCUGUAACAAAAUAUGGUAGACUGGGUGGCUUAAGAAACAUUUAUUUCUCACAGUUCUGGAGGCUGGCAUGUCCAGGAUCAAGUUGCCAACAGAUUCAGUGUCUCAGAGGCCCCACUUCUAAUGUGCAGGUAGACACUUUCUUGCUGUUUCCUCACAUGGCACAGAAAACUUUAGUCUCUUCCUCUUAUAAGAGUACUAAUCUCACUGUGGGGACUCCAGCCGCAUGACUGACUAUCUCCAGAAAGUCCCAACUCUAUAAAUAUCAUCACAUCGUUAGUGAAGGUUUUAAUAUAAGAAGUUUGACGGGACAUAAGCAUUCAGUCCAUAGUGCUUCCCUUCCCUUCUAUGAGUGUAAAGACUACUAAUUGCCCUAUUUGUACUCAGAUUCUAACUUUCAACUUCAGUGCUCUCCUUUCCCUCAGAUUUUUUUUCUUCAAGAAUGGGAAUGGGAAAUUCUUGAAACAAUUCUUACAGAAUCAGUGACAGUCUUAUGAGAACACAUGCAUGAGUGAGCACAGUGGGUGAUAGAAAACAGUGGAAACAAGGAGAGGGUGGCCAACCUUUUCAGUGACUUAGAGCAAAUGGAAACACAGUAAGUCAUUUUCCGACUGAUUUUUUCCUCUCAUUUACAAAGAAAAGUUACAAUCUGUUGUGAAACUCUUUUCUCUGGUUGCAAACAUACCCCAACCAUGGGGAGUAUAUCUGGAGUGACUCCAGUGAAGUACCCCAUACCUCCCCCCGCCGCCCUGAUAAGUUGCCUGAACUGAGACUGAUGGCUGCAUUUCUCUGGGUUUACUACAUUGUAUAUCACUGUCCCCCCAAAACAAUGUUAGUUUUAGAAAAAUUUUGUAUUUUGUUCAUUUUAAGCAUGUGAUACUAAAUGACAUAUUGGACUCUGUUAAAGCACUCAUGUUUUGAACAUAGAAUAGAAUAAAGACU